UUAUAUUAAUAACAGGUGACUAAUCCGGCAUUUUUACCUUAACAUCAUAUGUAAAUCAAUACUUUUAUUCAUCAACAUUAAACGACAAAUCUAAGUACACGGGUUAAAAUUUUCUAUUUCAUUAAAAAUUCAAUAAAUUAAGUAGUAAAAACAUAAUUUUUCAGAAUGAGUAUUAGUUCUAUUACACAGACUUCUAUCAAACAAGAAUUUCUCCAAGAAACAAAUGGCGAUAGCAGUCUAUCCAACAUGUUGGCUAUUGAAAACUCUGAAGGAGACAAUAUCGAAAAAAAGAAAGAAAAAGAGGAAUUCUCUAAUACACUUCAAUCAUUACUAAAUACUCAGAAACUGGGCGCAAUGGUGGGAGAAAUGAAGAAGGAUAUUUCUGUUAUAGUCAACUUCAGUGGAAGCAGUGAAAAAAACAUCGGUGAACAGCAGGUUUUUAUUAGAUUAGAUCUUAUCAACAGCUACAUCGACCAAAUGGUAUAUCAUGAAGGCAUGCCCAUCAAUGGAAAUAAUUUGGCAAUGAUGUUAUCAGUCGAUAGUCCUUACAAGUAUAAUCAAGGAUCAAACAAAGAAAAAAUCGAUAUUAAAGCUCCUUCUUCUAGCAAGCAGUUAGAAAAUGCACAACAACUCGAACGCAUAAUGUCAAAAUUGAAAGAUGAUAUCACAGUUGUUUUAAACAAUGGAGAAAAAUCUGAAAUGGCGGUUAUAAGGAAACGCGUUUUUAUACAUUUAGAAUUAUUGUAUAACUUCAUUGACCUUGUAGUGAACUUUAAAUAUAUGAUGAAUAAGGGCGAUUUGACAUUUGAAGAAGGUAUAUCUGUAAUGAAGAAAACAACUAGCGAAACUUUAUUUCGUAUUAGAGAAGACGUUUUUAAAGCUUAUAUGAUGUUAGAAUCAAAAGAUAGACACACUAUGGCCAGGGGAGGAGGAGAGAUGAUUCGUAUUUUUUCGAGUUUAUACAUUAUUGAGAGAAAACUUCACUCGGCUUAUGGGAAAAUUCAUCACGCACUGAUAAAAAGAAACAGAAGUAAGAGCAACAAAGCAUUCAGUUUCCUGCCAAUCUUGAAAAACCACAGGCGUAUAUGUAAAGAUUGAUCAAUAAAUUUAAAAUGAUCACAAUCUAUUUAUAAAUUAAAAAAUAAAAUUAUUCAUCCUAGGCGACUGGAAUUUUGAAAUCGGGAUAGUGAAGUACAAUGAUUAACGAAAUAUCCUCAAAUGAUGAGCAAUUCUGUGAAAUUCCUCAUGACAUUAUUCUUUGGAGCUAACGGGAAAAAGGGUUGUAAAAAUUUAAAUAAUUUUCAUUCCACCCAUGUUAUGCAAUUUAAUAUUCAUCACAUGCCAUACUCAUUCUGUACAUUGGGGCAUUUUUUUUCCUUAACUUUUUUAAAGAGGUUAUUGAAGAAAAUAUGUUCUCGAAGCUACAGAAGAACUUUAAAAAUUCGCUUAGUAACUAUGACCUUCAACAUAUUUUCGUUCGAUCCUUUAUAGAAAGGUUCAGGAGACAGAAGUCGCACAGGUUCGAAAUCCGAUUGAGCCGUUAAAAUUUACUUGAUGGUGAAUCCACAGAAUAAAUCUCAACCUUCUCAUUCUGGCUAGCAACGUUCGUUGUAUGAACGGCAAGCCGGAUUUUGUGCC